UUUUUUUUUAUUAUAUAUUUUCAAAACUUAUAAUGCGUGCUGUACUUGUUAAACAACCAGGUGACGCUAAUCAAUUAUAUAUUGGCGAAUAUCCAACUCCUAUUCCUACAGAUACUCAGGUUCUUAUUAAAGUAUGAAGAAAGGACUUUAUUGAAAAGAAAAAGAAAAAAAAAAGUGUGUCAAGUUUACUAAUGAUAGUGUCAUGUAGGUCAAGAGUUUUUGUUUGAAUAGAAUGGAUAUUGUACAAAGACAAGGUUUCUAUCCUCCUCCUCCUGGUGCAAGUGAAAUUCUUGGUGUCGAAGUCUCUGGUAUUAUUGAAUCAGUGGGAAAAAAUGUGACCAAGUUCAAAAAAGGUGAUGCUGUCUUUGGUUUGAUGGGAGGUGGUGGUUAUGCAGAGUAUGCCGUCAUGGAAGAGAAAUUAGUCAUACCAAAACCUGAUGAAAUUACUUUUGAACAAGCUGCUGCUAUUCCCGAAACUUGGUUUACUGCUUACCAGGCUCUUUUUUUGGUAUCUGAAUUGAAAAAAGGUGAAGAUGUAUUGAUCCAUGCUGGUGCAUCUGGUGUUGGUAUUGCUGCUAUUCAACUCGCAAAAGAAGCUGGCGCUCAUCAUAUCUUUGUUACUGUUGGUAGUGAUGAAAAAGUCAAGUUUUGUGAAUCUCUUGGGGCUACUCAUGCCAUCAACUACAAGACUCAAAAUUGGGCCAAGAUCAUCGCUGAAAAAACGUCUGGUAAAGGUGUCAAUGUGAUUGUGGACUUUAUUGGAAAGAAUUACGCUGCUGACAAUCUAGAAACCUUAGGCCUUGAUGGGCGUAUGGUGAUAUUGGCCUUCAUGAGUGGCGCUCAGAUAGAAAAUUUCAAUAUCGCUCCUAUUUUAAGAAAACGACUUCGAAUUCAAGGCUCUACUUUACGUAGUCGAUCAGUGGAUUAUCAAGCUCACUUGCGGGAAGAAGUUUACAAUCAUGCCAUCAAGGACCACUUUGGAUGUUCUCAUGGAAAAUUCAAGAUUUUUAUCGAUAGCGUUUAUGAUUGGAAGGAUAUUAUCAAGGCCACCGAACAUAUGGAAGCCAACAAGUCUAUGGGAAAGAUUGUGGUGAAUGUGUCUUGAUUAGAUUAGCUUUGUUUACACAUAUUUUAAUAAAACAUAUUCUUUUUAUUUUUUUUUUUUAA